AUGGCAAAAGCAGCACAAUUGGCGUCGAGGAAAAGAACGAAAAGUAUUGCGGCAGCUCCGCAAAAACGUCAAAAGGUACAUCUUUUCAAGCUUCAUAAAAAUAAUUCAUCUGAAACUCACAAUCAGUUUGAAAAUUCAAUAAGCUUUCGCAAUUUUCAUUCGAGAAAUGAGCGGGCUUUAUUGAUUUGUAUCUAAAUUGAAUUUUGAAAUCAAUUCAAAUUUGAAUUCCAGAUCGCCUUUACUUCUCCACCAGUUAUUUCGGCUCAUCCACAACAUUUGACAGAAAAAAGAAGAAGAUCCAAAACACCGGCGGCUUCAACUCGACAAGCUUUGCAACAAAUAACUGCUCCAAGGUCAAACGCAGGAAAAUCGGUCAGUUUGAUUUUCAUCUCUUGUAUUUAUAUUUUUGUGAAAAAUUAGAAGUUCUUCAAAUACUUGUCAGUGAAAAAUCAAUUAAAAGUUUAUGGCUUCAAAAAAUUUUUGGCUUGUUUCUCAAAUUUAAAAACUUCUUGAAAGUCAAACUGAAGCCCUCUUCUGAAAAUAAUUCCAGACAAUUUUUCUUGAGUGACUUUAUAAGUUGUCUGAAAAUUAAUUUUGAACCCAAAUUUUCGAAAAAGCUCCUGAAAAUGUGGGAUUAAUCUGAAAAUAGAAUUCCAAACUCAUUUUAUGUAGAAAAGUAACCAUAAAAUUAUAAAUUUCAGCUCCAACCGAAUGUUUUGUCGAAUGAUGAUGAUAUUAUGCAAAGAACAACGCGGUCGAGAUCCAAAAGCGUAAUUCCAUCAGGACUUCUUCCAACUCCAAAAACAGCUCAAGCAACACCAGGAAAAACGAAUGUUUUGCCGACUGAUGGCUCUUCUCAGAGAAAAGCAAGAGAAUCCCGAUCAAAAUCGGUUGUUGGUGCACAAGGAAGAACACCUGGAAAAGCAAGAAAAUUGGAAAAGUUGCGGAAAGAAGUGGUCAGUUUUUUUUGUGAACAAUCUUUCUCUAAAAUUUUUCCUGUAUUUCUAACUCAUCUUUUAUUCAAAAAUUUGAAUCUAAAUUGUUUUCCUGUUACUCAAAAAAAGAGUAAAUAUAUAAAUAUUACAAAAAAUUUCAGAGUAACAUUUUUUUUUCUGUUUCAAACUUUUCAAAAAUUCAAUAACGAGAUUGUGAAAAAUUUCAAGAAUUGUGUUUUUGUUUUGAAAGUUGAAAAAAUCCAGCUCAAAAAAUUAGAAAAGAUUUUUAGAUUAUGUGAAACUAAUUUUUGAAUUCCCACAUAAAUUUCAAAUCUUUUUCUGAAUGUCUCAUUUGUUUUCAAAAAAUCCAAAGAUAUUUUUCAGAAUUUUGAAAGUCAAAAAGAAUUUAAUCUAAAAAAUUCCAAGAACUUUGUUCAGUCUGAAAUUAAUCUUCAAAUCUUCAAAAUCUAUUUCUGAAUUGUUUUUUGUUGUUUCUAAAUUCUGAAAAAAAUUCAGAAAAGAUUUUUUUGAUACCUAAAAAAAAAUCUGACAUGACAGAAUAACACAUAAAAAAUAUGACAAAAAAAUUAAAUUACAAUUUUUUUCAGAACGAUCUCAACAAAAAUAAUUGGAAUGUUGGAACAAAGGAAUGGAUCAAAAAGUUCAAACAAAUUCUUCCACUUUUCCUGGAUCCAACUCAAAAUGAAGUUGAAUAUGUGAAGAAUGGUUUGGAGCUUGAGAAAAUGUUGACAAGAAAAGGAGGAUUGGAAUCAUAUGAUAAGAUCUACAUAGUGAAGGAGAAAACUGGUUUGGGAAUCGAAAUUCCCGAUUCCAGAUUUGAUAUUCGUAAUGUUUGCCAAUUGUUGGGAGAUGAUUUUGAUAUUGGUGUGAUUGACGUUGAAAGACAACAAACCGAGAAAAUGAAACUGGGAGAUUUUGCAAACGAGAUGAUGAAGAAAAAAGGUCGAACAAAAAUUUUGAAUGCAAUCAGUCUAGAAAUCACGAAUUUGCCACAGUACGUUUUAUUUUUGAGAAUUCUGAAGCUUUUUGAAGCUUUCUAAAGCCUUGCAAAUUGUUCUGAAGUCUUCUGAAGCUUUUCGAAGCCUUCUGAAGCCUUCUGAAGCCUUCUGAAGCCUAUUGAAGCCUUCUGAAGCCUUCUGAAGUCUCUUGAAGCUUAUUGAAGCUUUCUGGGGUCUUCUGAAGCCCCCGAAACCCUCGGAAGCCUUCUGAAGUCUCGAAAAUUCUUCUGAAACCUUCUGAAGUCUUCUGAAAUCUUCUGAAGCUAUUUGAAGCCUCGAAAAUUCUUCUGAAACCUUCUGAAGCCCCCGAAACCCUCGGAAGCCUUCUGAAGCCCCCGAAAAAAAUUCUUCUGAAGCCUUCUGAAGCCUAUUGAAGCUUUCUGGGGUCUUCUGAAGCCCCCGAAGCCUUCGGAAGCCUUUGGAAGUCUCGAAAUUUCAUCUGAAGUCUUCUGAAGCCUUUUGAAGUCUUCUGAAGCCUCUUGAAGCCUAUUGAAGCUUUCUGGGGCCUUCUGAAGCCCCCGAAGCUUUCUGAAGCUUCGAAAAUUGUUCUGAAGUCUUCUGAAGCUAUUUGAAGCUUUCGGAAGCCUUUCAAAUAAAAAAAAUGCUUCUGAAACCUUCUGGAACUUCUUGAAUAGUUGUAAGUGCUCUCAAGCCUUCUGGAGCCUUCCGAAACCUCCAAAAUGCUCCUGAAUUUUUAUGAAGACUUCUGAAGCCUCUGGAAGCGUUCAAAAGCCAUCUGAAGAUUUUUGUAGGCCUUCUGAAGUCCCCAAAAAUGCUCCUAAAUUUUUCCGGAGAAUUCUGUAGCCUUCAAAAUCCUUCUCAAGCAAAAAAAUUGUUUUUGCAAAAAAAAAUAUGCAAAACAAUCUAGAAAAUAAAUCAGAUUUCGAAAACACAAAAACAAAGAAUUGUUUACAGGAUCAGUUCGAUGUUCGAGCAACCAAAGAUGGUGAGAAAGCUGUCAAUGACUCAAAAAUUGAUCGACAUUGGCCAUCUUCCGAAAAAUCUCCAUCCGACUGUUCGGAACUACUUGUUAAUGGGAAUGAAAGAUUCUUACACGAAUUCACAUUGCGAUUUUGGCGGAACCAAUGUAUACUACCAUCUCGUUUCCGGCAAAAAAGUCUUCCUUGUCGCACCACCAACUGAAAAUAAUCUGAAGAUGUUUGCCGAUUUUGAACUGCGACAAAAUCGCACAGAAUGGUUCUUCGACCAAGUGUUGGAAGAUGUUCGAAUGUUUGAACUGGAGCGCGGCAUGACACUUAUGAUGCCUGGAGGUUGGAUUCAUUCAGUAUUCACACUAGAGGAUAGUAUCGUUUUCGGCGGGAAUUAUCUAUCGCUUAACAAAAUCAAUAUCCAUCUUCGGUUAGUUUUUACAACGCCAAUUUUCGGGGCAUUUUUUCAAGCUUUCUACAUUGUAGAUUUAUUUCUUGAUAGAAGUUUUUAAUGAGGAAAUUUCUGGAAACUCAACCUGAUUUUCAAGAAAUUCUAGAACUGUGGUAGAAAUUUUUACAAUGAUUUUUAUUUCAAGUUAGCAUAACCUCUAGAAAAAAAUCCACCUACACCUUCUAGAAAUUUGGGCUGAUUUUCGAAAAAAAAAGUUUAUCGUCUAGAAUUGUGGUAGAAAAUUCUAAAAGAUCUAGGUAGUUUUACCAGAUUUUCAAAUAUUAGCCAAAAUAUUUUUUUUUUCAAUUUUUGAAUCAGAAAUGAAAAUCUUUUAGUCAAUUUCAAUGCUAAAUUUGGUCCCCUGGUGAAAAAAAGCCAUUAGCAAAUUUCCGGAUUUUUCGAGAUUUUAAAUUUUUAAACUAAAUCCUUCUAGGAUUGUUAGAACAUGCUCUUUCAAAUUAGCAAAACGUUUUUUUUUCAGAAUCCACGAAAUUGAAGAAGAAUUGAUCCAAAAACAAGUGAUCGAUUAUAGUUUGACUUUUCCAAAUUUCGAGCUAAUUCAACUUCGUGUAUUGAAAUGGAUCCUGUUGCCAAAAUUGGUUGAAGCGAAUGAUCAAAAAUUGGACAUGGAAAUGGUGGAUCGAAUUGGAUGGGCGGCCAUUUAUCAUAUCAAUCAAUAUAAAAAUGCAUUGUUGGAAAGUGAAAAAACUAGAAGAGGAAAACGAAUGAUAAAGGAAUAUGAGCGAACAUUCACGGAUCUUGAUCAACAAAUGAAACAACAGGAAAGAUUGAAAAAGACCAACAAAUUGUGAGUUUUGAAAUUUGGAAAUAAUUUAAUUUGAUUUUUUUUGCAGGAGAACUCGACAAACAUCCGCGGUCCCAUCAUUACAGUGA